UUUUUUUUCUCCUUCUUCCUUUACCCCCUCCCCCACCCACCCCUCCCUCCCUCUUUCCCUUCCCUCCCUCCCUCCCCUCUUCUCCUCCUCUUACACAGCACCCAAAUCCUCACCCCCCCACCCCCACCCUAUCGGGCCGGGACCCAUGAAAUUAAAGGCAGGAAUCUGAUCUCCGGAGCCUCUCUCCCUCCCUCCCUUCCCCUUCCCUCCCUCUUCCCUUCCAACUCAGGCUUGGAGCUGCAGUCAGGGAAACCGAGAUCCUUCGUGGGAUUUCCAUUGAAUUUUUCCUUGCUUGGACACUUCAUUCUAUACUAGUUUGGAAGUUUUGUUGGAGGAAAUCCUAUUUCAGGAGCUAGACUGCUGUGGUACCUCAACUCCCCUGGAAGCACUGAGAGUGCUCUUCCUCAGGCUUCCUCCCUCUGGACUUCUGAGCAGUUGUGAUGGAGAACUCCUCAGCAGCUUCAGCCUCCUCAGAGGCGGGGAGCAGCCGUUCUCAGGAGAUCGAGGAGCUGGAGCGCUUUAUUGACAGCUACGUGCUUGAGUACCAGGUGCAGGGGCUUCUGACCGACAAGACGGAGGGUGAUGGGGAGAGUGAGAAGACACAGUCCAAUAUCUCCCAGUGGCCUGUGGAUUGCAAUGACCAAUUGGAUGGCAGUUGUUCAUCCUCCCAAGGGAGAGUCCCCUCUCAACAGAAUGGCAACAAAGACAACUCUAUGGACAUGUUGGGUACUGAUAUCUGGGCUGCCAAUACCUUUGAUUCUUUCCGAUGUGGAAAAGGAAAGUUGGAAGAUGGGGAAGGAAUUAACUUAAACGACAUAGAGAAGGUCCUCCCUGCCUGGCAGGGUUAUCAUCCAAUGCCCCAUGAAGCAGAGAUUGCACACACUAAGAAAUUAUUCCGACGGAGAAGAAACGACCGGAGGAGACAGCAAAGGCCCCCAGGUGGGAACAAGUCCCAGCAGCACAGUGACCACCAGCCAGGCAGUGCCAAACACAACAGGGACCACCAGAAGUCCUACCAGGGGGGCCAGGCACCCCACCCCUCAGGGCGGCCCAAUCACCAUGGCUACAGCCAGAACCGACGAUGGCACCACAACAACUCGAAGCAUCCCCCCGGCGACAAGGAGGCUGCCCCCCACCGCAACAACGCCAAAGAAUCGGAGAGCCUGAAGAUCGAGGAUGCUCCCGUGUGCACCGUGCACAUCCCCCUGGACAUGCACCGGAACCCCGACGCCCCACCGACAGAGAGGUCGCCCCCCCGGCCUCCGGGGGGCCUGGAGGCGGAGGCCAAGCGCAAAGACAGUAUUAUUAAUGAUCGGAUUGGGGAACGGCCCAAAAUUAAUCUGCUCCAGUCUUCUAAAGACAGGCUGAGGCGAAGACUAAAGGAAAAGGUACCGGAAGAAGUAACGGUGGUGCCCCCUAAUCCCCAGAGGAACAAGAUGGACAAGCUGAUAGAGAUUCUGAACAGCAUGCGGAACAACAGCAGCGACGUGGACGCCCAGCUCACCACCUUCAUGGAGGAGGCCCAGAACUCCACCAACUCCGAGGAGAUGCUGGGGGAGAUCGUCCGAACCAUCUACCAGAAGGCCGUGACGGACCGCAGCUUUGCCUUCACGGCCGCGAAACUCUGCGACAAAAUGGCCCUCUUCAUGGUGGAAGGGACCAAAUUCCGGAGCCUUCUCCUCAACGUGCUGCAGAAAGACUUUACCAUGCGGGAGGAGCUGCAACGCCAAGACGUGGAGCGCUGGUUGGGAUUCAUCACCUUCCUCUGUGAGGUGUUCGGCACCAUGCGCAGCAGCACUGGGGAACCAUUCCGUGUCCUUGUCUGUCCCAUCUACACCUGCCUCAGGGAGUUGUUGCAAUCUCAGGAUGUGAAGGAAGAUGCAGUCCUUUGCUGUUCAAUGGAGCUGCAGAGCACAGGUCGACUUCUGGAAGAGCAGCUGCCCGAAAUGAUGACAGAGCUCUUGGCCAGCGCCCGGGACAAGAUGCUGUGCCCCUCGGAGUCGAUGCUGACACGGUCGCUGCUUCUCGAGGUCAUCGAGCUGCACGCCAACAACUGGAACCCCCUGACGCCAACCAUCACCCAGUACUACAACAAAACCAUCCAGAAGCUGACAGCCUGAGGAGGCAGGGUGGGGUGGGCUGGGAGGGCAGGCAGGCCGGGGGGGCCCUAAGGAGGGCAGGGAGCAGGAUGGAGCAGGACAGGGCAGGACCAGGAGGAAGGGGAUGGCCCGAGCAGGAGAAAGACCACGCACCUUAAAUGAAAGCAGAAAAGCAGGGCAAAUAGGCCUGAUGGCAAAUCCGGAGAGGGAAGGGAGAAGAACCCUUGGGAUCCAGUACCUAAUGGGAGCCACCACCCCCUGCUCCAUGCAUGCGGCAAUACACAUCCAUAAAGGAUGCAUGUCUCUUUUUAGCAGGGGCCCCCUGCCAUCUCCUUACCUAUUUUCUAAAUUCCUUGUCCCCCAGCUUCCCUACCCCUUCCCACUCCGUGCACACUCAUCCCCUGCAGGGUCUCUCUUGGAGGGGGUUCAUUCUUAUGACUCCAUCGCGACCGUGACAGACGCUCACUCACCCUGGGACACCAUUUGGGUCAAAAAAGACCACAAAGGGUGGAAAGCAGGCGUCCGAGUCUGAUCUGGUAUUGUCUCCCACCCCACCCCACCCCCAUUCCCCAUUAUGUCAGUUUGCAGUAGCCAACUGGCGGAGGCGACACAUGGCAGAUGUCUCGGGAGGACAAAAGAACACAAGGUCCACACCAGACGCUUGUAAUUGGCGACUUUUGUCCAGCAGGGCUUAGUUUGGGUAGGGCUUGGGGGUCUCCCCAGCCCCUCACCCUCCACCGGACUGACUUUAGUUGUCUUCCCUUUAAUUCCUGAAAAACAGAAGAAGAGAUGUUUGCAGUUGUAUUUGCACUCUUGGGAGGCUGUUUUUAUAAAAACAAAGACAGUGGCUUUGUAGUCUCUUUUCUCUGUGAGGAGAAUCUCCAGGGUACACUCUGUGAGCACCCCCUGGGGUCAGCAGGGAAGAGCAGGUCUGCAGACCUCAUCGCUAUAGUAGUCAUUUAAGAUACUCAGAUACUUCUGGUCCAGCAGGGGCUUCCCCCAAGAACCCUGUGCUGUGCCAUGUCCUUUGGGCACUGAUCUGUGAUUAUCCCUCCUUUCUAAGUUCUGUACCAGAGUCCUUAGUACUUAGUCCAUAGGACUGCUCAGCUAAUUUGGCCCUAGCUUCAAAGAACUUUGGAAAAUACAAGAAAAAGAGGCUGGUAACUGGGGAUGGGGAGCAUCAUGGCUCUAAGGAAGCAUCUCCACUGCUAUAUAUGACAGUCUGUUCUCAGGACCUCAGGUUACAAGAAGAAUGACAUUUCCUGAGGUGUAGGUCUGACUAGCCCCUCUCAAUGAUUGGGCCUAUACCAUGAUACCCCAUUUCCUUUCCAUGGAAGGAAAAGCCAGGCCAGGGGUUUGUCUGUGGCCAGAGGAGGAGGGUAUCUUAAGACCAAGCAAGUGCCCACUGGAGCACAGUAUUAUAAGGAAGAGGAUGAAAGUGGGCAUUUCAGGAUGGAGAUAUUCCAGAGCCAGUGUCGCAACCAGUAUUAGUGAACAGCUUUCUAGGUUUCUGAGGCUCAGCUGGGAUCGCCUGUAUUCACAGCCCAUUUUUCUCCUAAAAACCCUGUCCUACCCCCCCAUACUUCUAUCUGGCUUCAUCAAGUUCAGUAUGUAUUGUUUUGAGUAAUAGUAAAAUGGACCAGAUAGAAAAAUCUUAUAGAUGGACUUGGAUCUGUUUCUUGGAAGCCAGGAGCCUGUCUAGGACAAUUCUAAUUAAACAUUUUCAAUGGGCUGUUCGACAACUCACUUUCUGGGGACAAGAGACCUGUAUAAGGACCAGGAAAUGAUACCAGAUUUCAGCAGCUUAUUUGCUCCUUUAUUAAGGCUUGUCAUUCACUAAAUCAUCUCUCCAGCUGCUCAGGUCACCAGCCUGGUAGACUUGAGAAAGGAGGUUUUCCCUUUUUUGUUGUUAUUUGGAGCUAAGGAGAGGAUUAGUAAAGAAAAGUUUCCUCCUGCCUCAUUCUGACCAAAUCUCAGAAUCACUUUCCCAGAGAAUUCACACUCACCUGAGUCAGGGGACAAACAUUCCCCCAGGCCCACUCCCUGGCAGAUAAUUUUGCAUGCCCAUUUCCCCAAAACAAGCCUACCCACUCAUAUGUGAAGAGAGAAGAAUAGAGGUCUUCUCUCACCCCAGAGCUCUCUGACUGUACCAGGAACUAAUGAGGCAACUGUCCUCCCUUCCAUAUGCACCUUUCUAUUUCUUUUUUCUCUUUGUUUUUUUCUCUUCUUGUUUUUUCACCCAUCUCCCAUUCUUUUCUCUUUCUCUCUCCCCAAGUCUUUAAAUUUGCCACUGCUCCCUGGGGACUUGCUCAGCCCUAACCGGAGGCUGUGUUGUAGAGAGAUUACUGUUGACUUUGGUUGUUCAGUGACAGAAUACUUGGAGAAGGCCAGAAGACAGACAGUUUCCUAAUGGAGUCAGCCAGGAGAGAACAAUAAGGGGCAGAAAGCAUUGAUCCACCCAAAAAGAGUAAUCAAAAGAGAUCUUCUAAAGCUACAAAUAAUGUGUAAAGAGAGUGGAUCUGGUCCUAAAGCUCUGGUGAAAACCAGGGUAAAUAGCUAGGUAUGAACCAUCCAAGAGCUGUAAGUUCAGAGAGGAAGAAUGGGGAGGGGAGAAACCCAGAGAAGAAGGACAUUGUAAAAGCAAGACGAGAAGUAUAGGGGGACUUUCUCAGAAGACCUUUUUGUGGACAAGGUUCUCUGCAGGAGCUAGGGGGGUAUAUCCCCAUGGGCUCUUGGAAGGGUCCCCACUAGGACUGGGAGGUUUACUUCCUCCAGUUCUCCCACACUAACCCUGUGAGUGAAGCUCCUUACCUCUCGUGGUGAUAAUGUGGAAGAAGUAAAAUAUUAUACAUAUAUAUAAAUAUAUAUACAUAUAAAUAUAUUUUUAAUUACAUAUUAUGUCAUGGUAGCUUCCGGCAUACGGUUUACACAGGUCAAUCUGUUGCUUUAAAGCGCUUCCUGGCCACUCUGAAUAACCAUUUAAGCCGUUUUCUCUAUCUAGUUGCUGCUACUCUUACAGACUUGUGAAAAGUGCUUCAGAGAUUUAAAAUAAUAAGCCUAAACUCUGGGGAGCCAUCCUAAGGGAGAAUCAUCUGAUGAAAACAUGGGCAGGUCUAAGCUGCCCAGCCUCAGAGAGCCCCCAAAUCUCUAGUUUUGGGGCCAUUUCUGGCUUUCUACUGGUGAACUCUGGUAGGCCCAGUUUGACCUCUGAAUGUAUUCAAGGGAAACCCCAAGCAGAGGGAAACUGAAUCUUUUAUUUCUAAGGCUUCAAAUCCAUGCCCAGUUGACCACAACUUUCUGAGAACAGCUAUGAAACUAAGCCACGCCAGCCAGUGGUCAUUCUAUUUAAGCACUUUUCCCUAGUGGGCCAGCCAAUGCAAGGGUCAGCUUUUAUACAGUUUCCCUUCAAGAGAUAUGGCAUUGCCUUCUAGCUGUAGUACCAGACAUCAGGCUGAAGAGUUUCAGUCCAUUUCUUUGGACUACAGCCCACACUGACUUCUAACCUUUAUUAGACGAGACCCGAGAGAACCCCUGAGACACUGGAAACCCACCUUCUUCUGGAGUUACUCUCCAGUUAAUACAGUCUGCCGACUUUUGUCUUGCUGUCAGCUGCUUUGUAAACUUCAAGUUUUUGCAUUGUCCUGUCUAUCUGUGUAAAUGUAAUUGUUGGCCAAGGUGGUAUUUAUUUCUUAUUUUUAUUCUAUUUUAUUUUUCUAAGGGGUGGGAGGGACUAGAAAUAUGUCCUCACUGUUCACGCCAUGGAAAAUCUCCAGAUACCAAGGCCAUCAGCCAGGGCCUGGAUCAUGACACAGGGUGGGGAAAGUAUCCCCAAGGCUAUGGUCAGAAGCUGUUAUCUGGCAGCAGGAACUAGUCGGCUCUUCUCUUAUGAACUGUCUCUGCUGGAAGCCAGAACAGUGGGGACUGAAAAUCACCUACCCGAUUUAAGAUGCCCCGUGUUGGGGAAACUGAGAAUGGAAAUGCAAAAGAGGACAAAAGACAGACAAAUUCCCCUCUGCUUGUAAGCAUUUGCACAGGGAGUCCUGAGCUCCCAUACCUGCCAGAAGUAUGUCCAUGAUCCCCUAAGGACUUAUCUCUGGGGGUUCAAAGGAUCCCUGUUAAAGCUUCUUCAUGAAUUUUAGACACACGAUGGAUGACCUCUUCCUCAAUAUGUACCACUUUUCAGCUGGACCCCAGGUACCAGUGGGUUUAAUUAAUAAUAAUAAAUCAAAACCCCACAAAAAAAAAAAAAAA